UUACCAAUAUCAUAAAUCAUGAUAUAAAAGUUCAAGAUAAUGUUAUUGUAGGAGUGUGUAUCUUCCACAACCAAAGCAUAAACAUUCAAAGAUGGCUAUGGCUUCUUCUUCUUCUUCUCCUCCUCUCAAAAAACACGAUGUUUUUAUCAGUUUUAGAGGGGAGGAUACUCGCACCAAUUUUACAAGCUUUCUUCAUGCGGCUUUGUGUAAAAACCACAUCGAAACCUACAUAGACUAUAGAAUCGAAAAAGGAGAAGAGGUUUGGGAAGAACUAGAAAGAGCAAUUAAAGCAUCUGCUUUAUUUUUGGUUGUGUUCUCAGAAAACUAUGCAUCUUCAACAUGGUGUUUGAAUGAACUCGUUGAAAUAAUGAAGUGCAAAAAAAAUGACGAAGACAACGUUGUUGUUAUUCCUGUGUUCUACCGUAUAGAACCUUCACAUGUCCGAAAGCAGACAGGGAGUUACCACACGGCGUUGGCGAAACAAAAGAAACAAGGCAAAGAUAAGAUUCAAAGGUGGAAGAAUGCUCUCUUUGAAGUAGCCAAUUUAUCUGGCUUUGAUUCAAGUACAUAUAGGACUGAAUCUGACUUGAUUGGAGACAUCAUCAAAGCAGUUCUCCAAAAAUUGAAUCAAAAGUAUACAAAUGAGCUUAGAUGUUUGUUCAUACCAGAUGAAGACUAUUCAAGCAUUGAAUCAUUUUUAAAAGAUGACUCAAGAGAAGUUAGAACUAUUGGAAUUUGGGGCAUGGGAGGCAUAGGAAAGACAACCCUUGCUGCUGCCAUAUUUCAGAAGGUAUCUUCCAGAUAUGAAGGUAGUUGCUUCUUAGAAAAUGUCACAGAAGAAUCAAAGAGACAUGGGCUCAGUUACACAUACAACAGACUUCUUUCUAAGCUACUAGGGGAAGAUCUUCAUAUUGAGACUCCUAAAGUAAUAUCAUCUAUGGUUAUGAAAAGACUCAAACGCAUGAAAGCUUUCAUUGUACUAGAUGAUGUUCGUAUUUUAGAACUUCUAAAUAAUUUGAUUGGAGCAGGGCAUGAUUGCCUUGGAGCUGGUAGCAGAGUCAUUGUGACAACCAGAGAUAAGUAUGUGUUGACGGGAGGAGGAAUUGACGAAAUUCAUGAAGUUGAGAAAAUGAAUUCUCAAAACUCCAUCAGGUUGUUUAGUUUGAAUGCUUUCAACAAAAUCCUUCCCAAUGAAGGAUAUGAGGAGAUAUCAAACAAUGUAGUUUCUUAUACAGAAGGCAACCCUUUGGCUUUGAAAGUUCUGGGUUCAUUUCUUCGUACAAAAAGUAAAAAAGAAUGGAAUAGUGCUUUAAACAAACUAAAGAAAAUUCCCAAUGCUGAAAUUCAAAAGGUGUUGAGGUUAAGCUAUGAUGAAUUAGAUGAUACAGAAAAAGAUAUAUUUCUAGACAUUGCAUGUUUUUUCAAAGGUUGUGGAAGAAGCAGCAGAGUAACGAAAAUAUUAAAUGUGUGUGAUUUCUUUGCAGAUAUUGGAAUAAGAAACCUUUUAAACAAGGCUCUUGUAACUAUUACUUCAACCAAUGACAUACAGAUGCAUGACUUGUUACAAGAAAUGGGUAGGCAAAUUGUUCGUGAAGAAUCUAUCAAAAACCCUGGACAACGCAGUAGAUUGUGGAAUGCUAGUGAAAUUUGUGAUGUGUUGACAAACAAUAAUGGGACUAGUGCAGUUGAAAGCAUAUGCUUAGAUAUGGAUCAAAUUACUCGCAUAAAUUUGAGCUCCAAAGCAUUCACAAAAAUGCCAAACCUAAGAUUACUUGCUUUCAAAUACCACAAUCGAGAUGUUAAGGGAAUUAAUUAUGUGCAUCUCCCAGAGGGCCUCGAUUUUUUGCCUAAUAACUUAAGAAGUUUUGAAUGGAGUGCAUAUCCAUUAAAUUAUCUACCAUCAAAUUUUUCUCCAUGGAAUCUUGUUGAACUUCACCUUCCAUAUAGCAACCUGGAAAAACUUUGGAACGGAACACAGAAUUUGCCGAGUUUAGAGAGAAUUGACCUUCGUUGGUCUGCACACUUAAUAGAGUGUCCAAAAUUUUCCAAUGCCCCAAAUCUUUAUGGUAUAGAUCUUGGAAAUUGUGAAAGCAUCUCUCAUGUUGACCCAUCUAUUUUCAAUCUCCCAAAGCUUGAAUGGUUAGAUGUGAGUGGAUGUAAGUCACUUGAGAGCCUCUACAGCAGCACUCGUUCACAAUCUCAGGCGAGCCUUUUAGCAGACCGUUGUUACAAUCUCCAAGAGUUCAUAUCAAUGCCCCAAAACAAUAAUGAUCCUUCCAUAACCACAACCUGGAUAUAUUUUUCUUCUCACAUCUCUGAGAGUCUUGUGGAUCUUCCAGAAAACUUUGCAUACAAUAUCGAAUUUUCUGGCUCAACGAUGAAUGAGCAAGACACUUUUACCACCUUGCAUAAAGUACUCCCAAGCCCUUGCUUCAGGUAUGUUAAAAGUUUAACUUUUUAUGAUUGUAACAAUAUAUCUGAAAUCCCAGACAGCAUCUCCUUGCUAUCAUUAUUGGAGUCUUUAUAUCUAAUUGGCUGUCCUAUCAUAAGCUUACCUGAAAGCAUUAAUUGUCUUCCAAGACUCAUGUUUCUUGAAGCUCGUUAUUGUAAAAUGCUUCAAUCUAUACCUUCUCUUCCACAAUCAAUUCAGUGGUUCUAUGUUUGGUACUGUAAAUCUCUUCAUAAUGUGUUGAAUUCAACAAAUCAACAAACCAAAAAACACCAAAAUAAGUCUACUUUUCUCCUCCCUAACUGCAUAGAAUUGGACCGACAUUCAUUUGUUUCCAUUUUGAAAGAUGCCAUUGCAAGGAUUGAACUUGGAGCAAAACCACUACUACCAGCAGAUGUAUUAGAAAACAAGGAAGAAGCAGCUUCAGAUAAUAAUGAUGAUGAUGGUUACAAUGAUUUACAUGAUGACUCUUAUAUUUGGGACACUUUAAUAAAAGGUAAGAUUUGCUACAUGUUACCAGCUGGAAAUUUUAAAAAUGGAGACUGGUUCCAUUACCAUUCUACACAAACUUUGGUGUCUAUUGAACUUCCUCCUAGUGAUCAUUUGGGUUUCAUUUUCUACUUGGUUUUUUCUCAAGUUUGCAUUGGAGAUGGUGCAAGUCUUGGAUGUGAUUGCUACUUAGAAACCACUUGCGGUGAAUGUAUUAGUAUAAAAAGUUUCUUUCUACGUGAAAGUGUUAUGUUUAAUCCUUUUUUUUCAAUUACCAUAAGGUCGGAUCAUUUGUUUUUAUGGUAUGAUAAACAAUGUUGCGAGCAAAUAAUGGAAGCAAUCAAAGAAAUAAAAGCCAAUGACAUGAGUGCCAUUCACAAUCCAAAACUUACAUUUAAAUUCUUCGCUGCUCGUACUGAAGAAAAUAUGGAAGCAGCGAUAAAAGAGUGUGGUUUUCGAUGGAUAUAUUCCUCAGAAGGUCAAGUUGUCGAGGAAGAAGAAGGAUGUGAAUCUGAGACAAGUAAGGAAACUCACACAGUGGAGGGUUCUAAAUCUGAUGAGCAAGAAGAAACAGUUCCACCAGCAAUGAAUUUUCAGCAAAGUGUCUAUGGAACUCUUCCCAAUCUGGAAACAGCAGAAACAGAAGACUUAAGGGGUGUACUUGAAGAACUCUUGCAUAUUGGAUUUGGCGGAGACCUCAUGUUAUAAAAUUCUGUUGCAGCUUAUGUAAAGACAUGCAGGCAAUAAUUGAACCGAUUGAACUAGUUGAAUCAUGACUUAGAUGUCUCAUCGAUUCAAUUUCUAGUCGGUUUUUCUUUUUCUAAUGUUAUAAGCAAUUGUUAGGCUUAUGUCAUCUCUAUAAGUUGGUUUCAGCUUAUGUUCUUCAGCUCUCAAUAAUAGCUUAUGAAAAGAAUGUAAAUGUGAGCUUUGGAUUGUAACUGGUGCUGUUCACGUCACUUAUGGCUUUCGUUUGUUCAAUUGUAUUCAUUAUCUGUUUCCAUUUUCGUGGAUCAUACCAAAAAACCAAAUUAUCUGACAUCA